AUGUUAUCAUCAUCUAAAGCAUCCAAAGAUGAGCCGAAGAGGCGACGUAAAAAGAACAAUUUAGACCCCAUUGCUCUUGAGCGCGCGCGAGUUGAAGAAUGUGAAAAGCAUCGCGUUGAGCAACUUAUCCGAAGGGAAGCACUAAAACAAAUCAUAGAUCUUGAGAAGAACAUGACCGAGGUUUCGUUGAAACUGAUUGAGGCACGAUGGAUUUCUUUUUUACGAGAGUGCAAGCAGGAGGAACUCAUUGCAAAUGCGAAUGCCAUAAGGCGUACCUUUGAGCAGGCACUUGUCCAGAAGAAUUUGGCAGUUUCAUUUCUUUCUUCAAAUUUGGAGGAAAUUGAGGAGCAACACAAACUUGCUCUUCGCUCGCAUAUGGAGGUAGUAGACUCACUCCGCUUAUUGCAAGCCCAUCACACUUCGCAUCUUGAGCAGGAGUUUCUAUCCGAUUUGCUUAGUACCAAAAAAGAUUUCGAUAUCGAAUUGUCUGAGUUGGAGCGCAAUCAUCAAAAUGAAUUAAACGAUUUGCAGCUGAUUUUAAAAAAUAUUGCAGCCGAAGCUGAGCUCCUUGAAAAGCAGCAGCAAGAGGAAAUGUCUGAAUCGCAUGAGACAGCCGUAGAGAAAAUGGAAGAGUUCAAGAAGAAAGUUCAAGACAAAAUGCUUUGUGCAACUGAAGAGAUACGCAAAGAAUUGGACCAGCGUUACAAAGAUUUCAUGUCAGCAUCCCAGGUAAGUAUGAAGGAGUACGCGGACAAGUCAAAGGAGGAUCAAGAGAUUACAGAGCAUAUCGCAUUGCAGCUGAAGAAGAUUGAUAAGCUUCAGCAAGAAGUUUCGUCAUGGAGGCUGAAUAUUGCACGAAACGCCAGUGAGUGGGAGCAGCGCAAUCGAGCUAUGAAAAAGGAGCGUGACGCUACGCUAGCGCAUCUAAAAUAUCUAAAGGGUAAAAUGCAGAAUUGGAGGCGUACCCAAGCACGACUUCUAACAGAACUCAUCAAGAAUGCAACAACGAGUGAAAAGUCUUUGGGAGCUCUUGAAAAGCGAGCCGAUGGUUUACUGCGUCUUGUUCAGCUUUGCAAACCUUUAGAAACUGAAAGGGAGCAAGUAUUGUGUUUGGACGCCAAUCAAACCCCGGCAGAAAUUGAACAAGACAUUAGACAGCGGUUUGCAUUAAUAGACUCGAAGGGAAACGACGAGCCUAUGUCGCGAUGUCCUGCUGAUGAGGGGAAUACAUCAUCCUCUUCAAAUUGGCAAAAUUUGCACCGCUUUUGGACUAGGUACAAUAAGGUUGUGCUUGACUGUGCAGCAAUCAGUCAGGAAAAGAAUCACUUAGAGCAAGAGCAGAGGCACUUGAAGGUUAUGCUAAAACAGUAUCUCGAUGACAUAUCUGUGAAUGACAAUGUGAUGAGCCAAGGUAAUGCUCUUUUGAUGUGUAAUCAAAUUCCGAAUGUAGUACGUCUCGCGGAGGAACAGAAGAAAGGUUAUGUUGAUUACAAUACUGUCAUUGAUGGAAAUAAAUUUGUUGGUGAUGUCCAUCGACAAAUGGUUCCUCGAUAGAGGGCAGACGUUUCGACGCUGUUCUUGGUUAUUCUCAGUGAAAUCAAGCAAGUUGGGUAUGAUAAUUGGGGAAAUUAUAAUCACUAAAGAACGAAAUGUUUUUGUUCAAUACCAUGUAGAUCUUUUAUGUAUAUUACUUUAUCAUUAUGUUUGCGUUUUUUUGACAUU